AUGACGAACAACAAUUCAAGCAUUUCUUUGAAAUCCUUAGGCAAUUGUACAUACAUUCCUCUUAUAGAAGCCUUGGAACAAAUGUCAAAGUAUGUAAAACUCAUGAAGGAUGUUUUAACAAAGAAAAGAAAAGUCGGUGAGUUAGAGGUAGUAGUGUUGACACAGGAAUGCAAUGCAUUGAUCAAUAACAAUAUUUCUGAGAAGCAGAAGGAUCCGGGUAGCUUUAAUGUCCCUUGUUCAAUUAGAGGGAUGGACGUAGAGUAUGCAUUGUGUGAUCUUGGAGCAAGAAUUAACCUCAUGCCCCUUUCAAUUUUAAAGAAACUAGGAAUUGGUGAAGCUCAACCCACUUCGGUAAUGCUUCAGCUCGCUGACAGGACGAUCACGUAUCCUGAAGGAAAGAUUAAAGAUGUUUUGGUGAAGGUUGACAAGUUUAUAUUCCCAACAGAUUUCAUUAUCCUGGAUUAUGAAACUGAUCGGGAUGUUUCAAUCAUCCUUAGACGCCCAUUCCUUGCCACUGAAAAGGUAUUGAUAAGCGUGCGUAAAAGGGAGCUUACUAUGUGCGUGGAUAAUCAGGAAGUUAAAUUUAAUGUGUUGAAUGCAUUAAAGUUCCCAAAUGAUGAAGAAUAA